ACUGCACACACGGGCGCCCUGGCAUCCUUGAUCACCGCCCAGGGACCAAGCACCACAGGUGGGAGCACACGCCCUCCUUCCGCCUCUCUCCUACAGGCUUCCCGGCGGCCCAAACGUUUCCGGUUCACCUCGCUGUAUAUCCGGGGUUUCCUCAACUUUACCGGAAGCGUGGAGGGCCCGGCCCGAUGUACGAGGCGGCGCCGGGACGCUCUCUCCGGCCUCGGCUCUCCACCCGCGCCGCCCUCCUCCACGAGACACCAAAAUGUCAGCACCAUCAAUGAAGGAAAGGAAGGCUUGCUGGGAUGCCCGGGAUGAGUACUGGAAGUGCUUAGAUGAAAACUUGGAAGACACAACUAAGUGUGAAAUAUUUAAGGGUACUUUUGAGAAAACAUGCCCACAGCAAUGGGUUAAAUACUUCAACAGAAGAAGAGACUAUCUGAAAUACAAAGCACUGUUGGAAACCAAAGGAUUUGAACCUUUAGCGCCAAACAAGUCGUAGGUACCCAUCGACUGUUGGAAAGACAUUAAUUGCAAAGAUGUUUGCAGAAGAACAGUAUCAAUGGCGAUACCUAAAGUACUGAUUAUCAGUAAAUAAGUCCAAUGGCCUAAAAAAUUAUAUGAGGAGCUAUGUUUGUUUUUUUGGCCUUGGUCUGAAAGAUCCAGCUCACCUCAUCAUGUGAAGUACAUGGUGAAGGGAAGGGACCCCCAUGCAACAAUCAUGACGGAAAGGCUGCAACCACCAAUAAAGUGUGAAUAGUAUGUGGUAUCCCUCUC